CUUUCUGUGACCAUUCCUAAAAUGGGUAUUCUUAAUCAACUAAAAGGCUGAAAGGAUACUUCCAAGUAACCCUUCGUUAUCUGACUGCAGGAGGUGUGGAUAUUUCUGGAGUAGAAAUAAUCGUAUUUGUAGAGUAGAGAUUUGCUAAAACCACCUUUGGAAAUUGUUCUUAGACACAACAUCUAAGAGGUUACUGUUUACACAGGAUUUAGAGUCUAUUAGGAUCAACAUCACAGCAGUUUGUGAAGUAAAGAAGGCUUAUGAAUGUUGUGAUUCAGAAUAUUAGGGUGAAUCUGAAUAAAAUAAGCACCUUGUACUCCUCAGAAGAGAAUAUCUUCAACUAUCCAGGGGUAUGGUGAUUAAUAUUCUGGUCCAUCCUCAGUUCUAACUUUGGUAUUUAGAAGCUUUAUGUUUGCUAUCACUAAUAAUCAAAGAACUCUGCUGAGUUUGUUUAGACCAAAUGGGGUAAGAAACCCCACUGAAGUUUAUAUUGACUGAAGGAGCCAUUUCUUGUAGAUUUGUUCGUCAGAAGAAUGACUGAAUUGAUGAUCAAGACUUCAUGUGCCUCAGAUCAUUAAAGAUCAGGCUCUUUCCUUUGUGAACUAUAUAGUGGGCUCUGGUCUAUAUACUUCUGAAUCUUGAGCAGGAAAUAUGGUAUCUAACUGACUCACUAUCGAAAUAUUGUCAUUAAUUUUAACAUGCCCAGAGUGACUGAUAUCAGAUAGAUAACCGACUGCUCAGUGUUCGGCAUUUUUGACAACAUGAUUGAAGCUUUAAUCAUUGAAUAUGUAAAAAUGAAUAACUUGUUAACAUCUGAGGUAUAAUGAUGUAUGAUAUUUUUUGAGAUAUGCAACUUGUCAACAUUGCUUUCAAAACAAUCCUGGAGCUGUUAGAGUUCUCUCGUCAUGUAUCCCUGGACUAAAUUUGUUCUCAGCUGUUCAGAUUAGUAAACCCCCAAUGGUAGAUGAGGCAGAGAUAGCUAAUGCUAGGAUAGGGAUCGUUCCCAAGUUUCAAUCCCUAAGUUAUCAAACUUUCUUCUCGAGAUUGUACUUACCCCAGAGUCCCUGUGCUCUUUAUUGUACCUGAAUUCUGCCUAUUAGGGGCCUAGGCCAAUUAUUUUAUAAACACUAGGCUUGAAGAUGGUCAAGCUGUUCACUCGAUGAGUCAGCUUGUAAAUAUUGUGGGACUGAGCAGCACAAGGAUAAGCUGAAGCUCCAUCUUUGAGGGUACCAUUCCUCAUAUUUCCCACCCUCUUCGAGAAAAUAACACUGAAGUGUCAAUCACUUGUUUUGGAGGAUUCAGCUGUGUUUUUAGAGAUAAGGCAAGCCUGUUGUUCCUUACAGAGAUUUUGGAGGUUAUCAUAGAUUUUUAUUUGUUGUAGAUAUAAUAAAAUAUCAUUUGGAUCAACCGCAAUGCUUUUGUGUAUCCCAGAGGAUAAAUGAUUGACUUAAUGGUUUGACAGUUCAAAAUUGAACAGCUCCUUCCUUUUACUGGAAAAAUAUGGAUACUUCAGUUGAGGAUAUUUAUGAAAUAGACUGCGGGUUAGUCAUUCAAAUCUGUUGCCUACAAUGGAAGGAUAGAUAACAGAGAUUCAAUACAUGGUGAACUUAGGGCAUAUUGAUUCUAUCAAUGCUGCCCACUUGGUAGAGAGUAACUGACUAGAGUUAGUACAUCAGCUUCCUCUUUUUUUUGUCUAAUAUUAUUGAGAAUAAUUUUAAGAGGAUGAAAGUCACAAAUACGAUAUUCAUGAAAUUCUGGUAUAAUGGCACUCACAGUAAAAGUAUGGAUACAGGUAAAUCUGCAGAAUAUCCUCAUCAGCUUCCUCCCCAUUGUCUUGGUUGGGAAUAUUCAACUUCCCGCUAGUUCACUUAUUUCACUAUCACAGUGUUGACACUCUUGUCGAGAAUGAGAAUAAUUGAUCUGAGCACAAUGAAGGAACCUUUUGGAUAGCUAAACUAGCUUGAAGAACCUCCAAAACCCUAAAAAGGGACAUCAAGCUGCCUUGUAGUCCCAGCGGUAGGACUCAGCAAGGUCUCACCUCCUGCCUCGGCUUUGCGUACUAGCUAAUCCAGUCUCUCCUCCAUUUCCGUGUUUUGUAUCAGUCAAUUAUUCUCCAGUUUCCUCUUUCAGUAACUGUUGGUAACCUUACAGUGGUAGGAGCUGUCUCUGGACUGAUCAGUAUACAUUCAUUCCACUCUAGUAAUGACAAUCUGAAGACUCUGAUUGAUAUGCAAGGAGCCUUUAUGAAUAUGGAGUUUGCCCAGUCACAGUCUGUAAUCAGAGUUGAGAAAGGAUCAAUAGUUAAUAUUAAUUUAGUAUCUUU